GAAUAACUAAAGAAGUAGAAAGUGAGCGCCAUUUUUAACGAGAAAAACCGGAGCUCUAAAAUAUAGCAUUUUCGUAUCUCAGCAAAAGUGUUCAAGAAAUAUGAGCAUUGGCAUAGCUUCUUCAUCCGACUCUGUAAUUAAAUGGAGCACAGAAGGCUGGAGUAUUGAACCCAGUCUUGAAAAAUCCGGACAGUCGACGGUGUUGCUGGAAUGCCAUGUCAAUGAGACAGCCCGGCAAGCUAUAAAGAUAAUCAAUGUUGGAAAAACGGAAGCGCUUUAUUUUGAAAUUAUAAGGUGUUCAAAAAAUUCUUCGUUUGAAAAACGCAUAAGAUUGCUCAAACCGGUUUUCUUUGUUGAUCAUAGGAAAGGUUCUGUUCUACCUGGAGGUUCCUUUCAAAUCAACAUUACUUUUAAGUCAGGUGAGUCAGGGAUAUUUAAAGAGACGUGGGAGAUACAGGCCUUCCACUUUUCAACAAAAACUAAAGCUAUUUGCGUGGCUCUGAAUGGUUUGGCAACUGAAACUGAUGAAACAGUUGCAAAAGAACAAAAAAGGAUAGAGAUGGUUUUAACACAUAGAAUAGCCCAGAAGGUUGCCUCUCAACUAGUUGAGAACCUCACACUGCAGGCAUCUGUUAUGAACAAAGAACCUAAAUUUCUCCCAAUGUCUUGGAAAAGGACGCCUCACCAGAAGUUUUUAUGUUUUAAAAUAUACGCCUCUUCACCAUACCAAAUUGUUUACAGUUUGUUGGCUGAUUUUAUUGAAAAUACCAACGAUGUGAGAGCAGUAUUACGUGCAGCUUUUGGACUUGUUGAAACGAAUGAUAAAGACAAACAUGAAAUGUCCAGAAAUGAAAAAAAGACACAGAGUAAAUCAAAGAAGAGAGCUUCAGGCAGUCGAGAUGGAAAAUUGAAAGAUCAAGGAGGUAAGAAAGAAAUAAGCAGAAAAAUGUCAGAAGAAUGUACAGAGAAAUACCACCAUGAACAUAUUAUGGAAACGACUUCAAAGAAAUACAAACAGCUGUUACUAUUACAGCCUCACUGCAUCAGUAUGAUUUAAUGGGGAAGCCAUGGAGCCAGUCUGAGAUGGGCACAUUUCCCGCACCGCUUUUGUUCGAUUUUGUCCGAAAUGUGAGAGGAGUGCAGGGGGUACCUCGUACUCGGGCCCGAGGGUCCAAAGGGGGACCAUGAAUUUCCUGGAAUCUCAGAAGAUGUUUGCAUAUAUUGAAGACUACCAUUCACAUUUUGUGUGAGCCUACAGUUUUAUAUAUCUGCAAUUCGUUGAAAUUAUGAACCAUAAUAUUAUGUAGUGUUGGGAAAUGUAGAGGUAUAAUGAAUAAUAUUAUUUGCUUUCAUCAUAGCAUCAUUGCAUCAGUAUGAUUUAAUGGGGAAGCCAUUACUAUCCGCUGUCGGCUUCGUCGUCGUCACACUCGUUUCCGAACGGCAUUUUUUGAACGAAUAACUAUUUCCUUUAAACUUACAUGGUGCCUUGUCUACCUAAAGACCUUGCUUAAGUUCGAAUUCCGGCCGGCCUAUUUCGCGCGCGGGUGACACUUCCACUUCUGUGAAACGCUUCUUAUUAAUGUAGUGCUGGUAUACAUAUGAUAAUGUGGCAAAUAUAGCUGGAAAAUACAAAGGUGCACAAUGCUCUACAGCCAUUUUUUCACCUUGCGGUUGUCACCCACUCAACUUAUGUAGAAAUGAUGCUGCUGAAUGCACACCUGAAGCAAUAACUUUUUUUGGAACAAUUCAGACUGUGUACCACUUGUUCAAUUCCAGUCCUAAGCGGUGGGAAUUACUACAAAACGCUUCAUGGUGCGUCUGAAACAAGAUGGUCAGAUCGUGUUGAAUGUGUAAAGCCUUUUGCAGCUCACUUGCCUGGCAUUAAAUUAGCACUGGAGACCUCCCAGAACAAAAUUUGACGGCCAAAACAAGAAAUGAAGUCCAUGGAGUUUUAUUAUAUGUGACAUCUUUUGCCUGUGUGUUAAUGUCAGCUGUCUGGUACAAAAUAUUAGCUGCCAUAGAUAAUUGCAACAAGGUCAUCCAAGCCAAAGAUGCCACACUGGAUGCUGAAGUAACGAACAUAGAAACUCUCCUCACAGAUCAGACAAAACUUCAAAACAACUGGAAAUGCAUGUGGAAUGAAGCCAAAUUGGUUGCGUCAAACCUAAGAUAGAAAUAGAACUCUCCCAUAGAUGUGGUGGAGUUAGGCUCAAGAGGGCCAGGUCACAUGAUGACAGUACACCUGAUGCUAACUUGGAGGAAAUGAAUGACACAGAUGAUACGCCAGAAGAGGCCUACUUCAGAAAGUGUGUGUUUUACGUUUUGGUAAACAAUGUUAUAGCAGGAUUAACUGUCAGCUUCAAUGCUGUUAAGUGGUUGGCUGAAAAUUUUGAUUUCUUGUGGAAAUAUCUCACCAUGUCUGAAAGUGAUGUGGAGAGAAAAGCGUUAUCUUUAUCAGAGCAAUAUCCACCUGACCUUAACGGUGAUGAUUUUGGAAAAGAAAUGCAACAUUUACCCUCAGUACAUAAAGCAAAUUUUGGAAAUGCACAGUUAAAGCCAUUAGAUCUGCUGAACAUGUUAACAGAGUACAGACUUGGUGACCUGUUUCCAAAUGUUUGUGUUAGCUUAAGAAUACUAUUAAAAUUCCAGCAAUAGUAGCUUCUGCAGAGAGGUCAUUUAGCAAGUGUUUUACUUGAAAAAAGUUUGAUAUUCAUUUAGGAGGUUCUAGAAAUUAUGCAGCUGGAAUUUCAAAACUGCAAAAUGAAAUGAAGUAUUUUCAUUCAUAACAUGAAAAUAACCUUUUACUACUGUGCUUGACAUACUUUUUACUCUUAAUACAAUGCCUGAUUUUACCCCUCGUCUUAUACACAGGUUCAACGAUAGAGUUCCAGGAAGAACUCUCCUGUUAAUAGCAUAUUUAACCAAAGCUACAUUGUUCCUUAUACUUUUGUUUGCUUUUUUGAAUAAAUGCAUUGACAUCGUGCCACCUGCUUUACAAUAACAUAUUUGUAUCAUUUGUCUUGAUUCUUCAUAACUAAAAGUUAUUCAUUUCACAUACCAGUUACAUUUAAUUAAGACAUUUUUUAUUUGAAAUGUGUUGAUCUCAUCCGUCAUACUAAAAUAUUGUUAAUAUUAUAUCAAAAAAAGUUAGUUUCUGUAACGUACACUAAUUUUGUAAACAUGUUUUUGUAGUAAAUCACCUUAUCUUAGAAUUUAGCUAUUGUUGUUUUUUGUAGUCGAAAAGGAGUUCAACUGUGAUGAAAAGUUCGUAAAGUUGUUUAUUACAUGUUUAUUAAGAUAUGCCGCAUUAAGCUGACUGUAGCCUUUGAAGAGCAAAAAAAAAAAAAACAACAAAAAACACUUAUGGUUGUAUUGAUUAUCCCAAAGUGCAGGUUAGGACAGUUUAAUCAUAACUUUUAAGAAUUUCUUUACAAAAGUAACAUCCUAAACAUGCUUGACAAUAGAGGUCGUCCUAUACACCAAAUUUUAAAGCAAUACAGUACUCGUUUUAGGAUCACUGACUAAAAAUAAAUGGUGAUCCAUGCUUUUCAAGCUAUCAAGUGAUGUUCGCCAUACAAUGCAUGCACUACAUCGUAUGAUUUUAUCUUCAUUACUAGGAAGGUAAAUUAAAAUAUGUUAAGUUGGUUGUCAAGCUGACUCUAGCCUUCAGGGGCAGAACAGCCUCAGUCAGACUGAUUCACACUUCAAGAAUCUCAGACCUUGUCAGAUAGAGGGGUGUUGCCCAUUAAGUGCCAGCCAAGCACCAUCUCUGUGCUGGUUGGGCCAAGUAUACAACAGCUCAUGACAGCUAUCAACUGCCAUAACAUCUGCAGAUAAAAGGAAAAACAGCAGACGUAUUGACAUUGGGAACCUCUUCUUGGGUGUCCCAUCAGGGAGUGUCUACUGACAUCAAGUACCACUACAUCACAAAGCCAAGGAAGAUCUCAGAUUUAAGGUUCGCUUGAGGGGUGGUUGAAGGAUGGAAAAAUAAGAAGAUAAAUGAAGGUUGAUCAACACCAUCACCAUCAAUGACCAGAGCCAGACAUCUGCCUUAUUGCCUGUACCACCACCAUCACCAUCAAUGAUGUUGAGGAUGCUUCGACCUCAACAGCCCACCAGACAUCAGCGAGACAGAGCAGGGAGCCUCUGUCUUUAUGGAAACUGGAACACCACCACCAAUAAACUCCGAAAGUCAAACCCAUAACAUCGAGAGUGACGUUCCCAAAUGAAUUGCCAACAACCAUCAAUGACUGUCCUGUAAUACUGCAAGUUGUGCAAAGAUGUCGUCAGCAGUCUCCUUCAAUGGUAGAUCUGGUGAUAUCUCGAGGUUAAUAUCUACUUUAUGUUUCAAUUGUAGUGGCCAACAGUGAUAUUAGUCUUUUGAUAUAUAAUACUAAGACUAUGAUCUCUUAUUUAGCUCUCUCUUUCAAUUAGUUUUAAAUCAUCGAUUUACUAGUUGAACUUUGUUAUUUCUUUGUAAAUAAUAAUACUUCCCUAAAGUUUAACCCGUAAUACUAACUAAGUCAUAUUAAACAUCUUCACAAGCUGUUAGGAGAGUUUAGAAAGUCAAGUAUAGAGUAAAGGCAUUGUCCUUAGUCCUGUGCACAUUAUUUGAUUAUGUUUUUGAGUAUACAAAUAAAAAUUGUUUUCUCUCUGUGUUUUACAUUGUGUCCAUUCCCUUUCUUUCUCGAACACAAAGUCAGGGAACUCAGAAUUACUUCAUAAUAAACAUCUUGUUACAACUUCUGCGGACCUAUCCCAUCGUUAUUAAUGUUCUUAAGUAAAUUCGGGUUCGCCUAGAUGUACCACACUUGUUUCUUCUCUUUUCUUCACAUUAACAUUCCACUCAUGAGGUGCGUGUUUUACCCGUACAGCACUAGCCAUUUCCCUAAACCAAAAACACAACACAACAAUGUAAAUUUGAAAUCAACCAAAAAGAUUUUCACGACGUAUUUUUUGUAUAUGAUUAAUUUAUAAUGAAAGUCUCAAUUAGAAAAAAGAUUAUUUCAGCAGGCUAACUAUUUUCAGUAUCAUGAAAUAAUUAAACCUUGCAAGUAAAAUUUCUGAUAUCAAAUCAGAUAGCUUGGUAUCAUUGAUAACUUAGGGUAACGUCGCAAUAAAUGAUUUAUUAUUCUAAUUUUUUUAGUAAUUACCAUAGAUAAUUUCUAUAGCAGCGUGAAGUUACAGUAGUCAGUCGUCUGUUCUCCUAAAUAUUUACUAGGCUUAUCUCAGUUACAUAGGGUGUAUUCUC